AUGAACAAGUGCAACCCAGUACCAGCGGGUGCAGGGGGAGUAUUGAGGGAUUCGGAUGGAAAUAUCAAGAUGGCGUUUUCAGUGAGUCUGGGCCAUGGAACCAAUAAUUUUGCAGAACUCUUGGGAUUGUUGCAUGGUAUUCAGCUGGUUCAGGAACAAGGGAUAGUAGACUUCGAUGUUGAACUUGACUCUUGGUUGGUGGUUCACUGGAUAAAAGAAAAGAAUUGUAAGACUUGGUACCUUGAGGACUUUUGGGAGAAGGUAAUGGAGGUGUUGCAGGGACUAAAUGUUCAAAUAUCUCAUAUAUUCCAAGAAGGGAAUAAAGCGGUAGAUUAUUUAGUGAGAAUGGGGGCGGAAGGGAGGAAUGAGACAUUGUGGUCGGUUCAGGAGCUGCCUCUUCUUCUUAGAGGCAUUUUACGGCUCGAUAAAAAUGGACUUCCUUCUAUUCGGAUGUAG